CCUGCCUCGCCGCGACAUAAAUGACUCGAGACUAAAGAAAGAGUGAGCAAACGAUGGUACGAACGACUAUUGCAUGCAUGAGAUGCAGAGCCGGCAAGGUGAAAUGCACUCAUGAUGGCACCCCACCAUGCCGUGGUUGUAUUAAGGCUGGAAGGACAGCGCCGGGCUCAUGUGUGCUGUCGGGGCCAACCCCGAAGAAAGCCCGGUCACGCGGGCCACAAACAAGCAUUGAUCCUGACAGAGAUGCUGCCAGAAGCACUGAUGCCGCCGCCCAUACACCAGCCUACCAUGCCGAGGGAGCUCCUGAUAGGAGCUCUUCCGCGUUGCAAAUGCGCAGUCCACUUGCGUCGAACCUGUUACAAACUGCCACGUUGUUCAUGCGCAAGUUUCCAGAACUGGGAUUUCUUCACAAACCUACGUUCUCGCGCGACUUGAGGAAUUUGCGACGCUGUCUAGAUCCAGACGCCGACAUUCAGCAGCCAGGGGCAGAACUUCUUGGUUCCGCCUUGACCACCCUCUGCUUACCUCUCACGGAGCCCAAUCAAACCGGCGAGGAUACAUUGAAUAAAGUGCACCGUCGACUCUCUAUUACCAAACCCCCAAACAUAUAUACUGUUCAAUCCUUCUUGGUGGUUGCGAUGUUUGAGUGGGGCCAAGGGAAUACCCAUGUAGCAUGGAUGUACAGUGGUGCAGCUAUCAGGAUGAUGCAACUGCUCAAAGCAACGGUGUUGACAUCAUCAGAUACCCUGGAGCGGGAGGUUUACAACCGUACUCUGUGGAGCUGUUUUGUCAUGGAUAGAUUAAUUUUCCCAGGGUCUCAACAACCGCUGUGCCUCCCAAUGGAAGAGAUGGCCACACACUGGCCCAUCGGAGAGGCAGAUUUUGCAUUUGCGCAGGGCCACAUCCAGCGCUACAUGGUCCCGUCACGUUACCCUAUGACGGUCGACUGCUCGUACGCUAUUCUGGUGCAUGGCUUCGAAAUUUGGGCGAAGAUCUACCGUUGGAUUAUUAGCGGAGGUAGACGGAGAAAGGAUAUGCAGCUGGUUAAGAACCUUCCGUGGGAAACGUCUUCGCUAUGGGCAACGAUGCGUGGAGAACUGCAGGAAUGGCGUGAUUCUCAGGAUCCCAAGCUAUGGUACCCGGCCAAUAGAGUGGGGAUCUACGAGUUCUUGGGCAAGGGUGAAGUAUUCGGGUAUAUCAAUCUUAUAUACUACGUCAGCAUACUCUUCUUAAACAGAGAGUAUAUACCUUUCCUUCCAUGGCCGGACGCCACGCCUUGUGGUCCUGUUGACCCGCCUCUUCUCACUGCCAGGGCACCUGAAGGAUGGUGGGAGGUUAGGUCGGAAGAGCUCUUUAAUGCGGCCGCAUGUAUCACCAGCGUACUUGCUGACUUGACUGAUGAGGACGCGUCGCUUUACACUCCCUUUACGGGCUUCUGCAACUUCUCUGCCGCAACAAUGAAUAUCUAUGCCCUAUAUUUUCCCAGCAUGAACAUGGGCCGCAGUGGCGACAUGGGCGCACUCGUGGAUAAGAAUUUGGCAUAUUUGACUCAGCUCCGCCGCAUGUGGGCGAUUGGUCAGGGCUGGUGGACAACGAUCCAGCGCACCAAGGCCAUUUACGAGCGCCACAGCCAAGACCCAGCCAGGUAUUCAGGCAAGACGCGGGAUGACUUCAUCGGCCUCGAGGCCUCGAUUCACAACGUCACCGAGCGUUCGCGAAACUCGGUGGAGCAAGAGUUUUCGCAGGCAGACGAUGCGCCAGUGGCGGGCGAAGACGAGGAGAGUGCAGGGCAGGGUUUGGGCAUUCCAAGUCAACGCCAAGUGACUGAAGACCUCGUCCCACUAGAUUUCUGGGGGAAUGAAUGGCCCCUCUGGAGUGAGCUUGAUAACGGUUCUUUCAACUUGAAUCUCGUCAAUGACUAGUUCCAACUAUGUAUGUACCUUUUUCGUUGAUACUCUAAGAGAUGACGGCGAAUACGCUCUGUGAAGGUCUGAGUAUAAGGCCAGUUUACUGUAUUAGUUCUCUUUGUUGAUCCAGUUUUCAUUCAAUUCCCGAAUGGGUGAAGUCAAGGUUGGCUGGCGAGCCAGAUCCCGCAGAAGCCAUUAGGCUACUACCCUAGAAUGCGUGAACGUAACGGGGUCCACAAAGAUAUGUAACCUACCAG